CUUCCUGCUCCGUCGUCGAUGCUGGAUCCAAUAGCUCAAAUGAACACCUACAAAUCGUAUGUCAGUCUUCUGACAGAUCCUUCAGCAAAGGAUGACUCUAAGCAGAAAGCGGCGCAAGAGCUCAGCGAGGAUUUCGAGACCAUAUGUUCAUCGCCACAAUACGUACAAUUUCUGCAACAUUCGAUGCCGAUUUUUCUGCGAGUUCUGGAAGAAGGCGAGCCACAAUACAUCGCAGAGCAUUCGAUGCAGAUCACGCGGAAACUCAUUUUGGAAAUACUCCAUCGGCUGCCGACGAACGAAUGUUUGCGGAGCCAUGUCAAGGCGAUCCUGAGCGUAAUGUUCAAACUCUUGGAAGUCGAGAAUGAGGACAACGUGCUCGUGUGCCUUCGCAUCAUUAUCGAGCUGCACAAGCAGUUUAGGCCACCAUUCAAUUCGGAGAUCUCAAAGUUUCUUGUGUUCGUGAAAAGCAUUUACCGGGGGCUCCCAAAUCAAUUGGAGAAGAUCUUUGAGCCCCGCGAAGGUGCUAUCAGGGUACAAGAUAUCACCGAAGUGUCGAUGGACACCCUCUUGAACGAGACUUUCACGACCACGGUGGUUCAGGUCGGAUUGGGGGAUGGCCCAUACGCAUCGGUGAACAUCAUUCCCAAGGCGGUUCUUUCGCUGAAAGUCCUCGCCGAACUUCCCAUCAUCGUCGUGCUGAUGUAUCAAUUGUACAAACAAAACGUUCAUCGCGACGUUGCGGAGUUCAUUCCGCUAAUUCUCGAUACGAUUGUCCUGCAACCGUCGGAAGAGUUGCGGGCUCACAAGGAUUUCAACAGGGAAGUCUUCGUCGAUUUCAUGGCUGCUCAGAUAAAAACCCUGAGCUUCCUCGCUUACAUCGUCAAAAUCUACCAAGAUGUCGUGAAUGCUAAUGCGACCCAGCUUGCAGACGGUAUGCUCGCGCUGCUCACGUCGUGUCCGCCGGAAGUUGCGCAUCUCCGUAAAGAGCUGCUGAUAGCUGCGCGUCACAUACUAGCUACCGAACUUCGCGGUAGAUUCGUCGGAAGCAUUGACAAGCUAUUCGAUGAGAAUAUUUUACUCGGGAACGGUUGGACAGCGAACGAGAGCCUUCGACCGUUGGCGUAUUCGACGCUUGCUGACCUGGUGCAUCAUGUACGGCAGAACCUACCGCUGAAGCACCUGAGUGCGGCUGUCUCGGUUUUUUCCAAGAAUGUUCACGAUGACAGUCUACCGAUCUCGAUACAGACGAUGUCGUGUAAGCUCCUCCUGAAUUUGGUCGAGCCUAUUAGGGGUAAAUCUCAGAUGGACGCAGAAGGGCAAAAUCAGGAGCAAACCAUGAUACAAGGACGGGAGCUUAUCACGCGUCUAUUGCAAGUAUUCGAGAUGAAGUUUCGCACAAUGUCACGCGUUCAGCUGCCGGCGCUCGUCAAGGCCAGUAAGCAAUUCGCCGAAGAAAGCGCCUCGGCGAAAGUCGCACUAGCGGCGAAAGCCACCGACGCGGCGGGUACGUCAUCGACGGUCGGUCCGAGACCGAAUGAGAUCGUCGUCAAAACGGAGCCGCCGUCGGCGAACCCGGUGUCGAGCGCUUCGAACGUCAAGACCGACGGCGGACAAGCCGCCCUCGGUUCUAAGGGCGACAGCGCGGUCCCUCCGUCGCGUGCGAGUUGCUUGGCCGAGCUACGGAACACUCCGAGCACGCCGUACUGCAAUGUCGUUGACUGUCGCGGACUGAUCAAAACUCUCGUUUGCGGGGUGAAGACAAUUACCUGGGGGAUUUCUGCGUGCAAAGCCGCGCCUGCGGGAGCGGAUGACAAAACGUUCCAAACGAAAGAAACUGUCAUCUACACGCGUCUCGUGAAAUACGCUCUGCUCACUCUCGACAUCUACACGUUGCCGCUGCAAGUCUCCACGGGGAACAACGCUUUCGUUCUCCAGGGUUUCUCGCCAGCUGUGCGUCCGCAGUUUCCCACGCCUACAGCUGCGGUAUUGGCCCAGAAGAGCAAAGAAGAGAAAGAAGUGUUGGAUUACUUCGGCGGAGUUUUCACGAUGAUGACUCCGGCUAUGUUCCGCGCCGUUUUCACGGCGACAAUCGAUUACGUUGUCGAGCGCUUGAACAAGAAUCCGCUUCUUCAGACUGUGGCUAAUUAUCUCCUGGCGAACAGAACUACAUCUUCCAUAUUCGCCACCAUACUCGUGGAAUAUCUACUCGACCGAAUGGACGAGAUGGGCUCGAACGCGGAAAUGUCCGGGCUGUACUUGAAACUCUUCAAGUUGGUGUUCGGAUCGGUGUCUUUGUUCCCAACCGAGAACGAGCAGAUGCUCAAACCCCAUCUCCACAAGAUCGUGAAUCGCUCGAUGAAAUUGGCAUUGAGUGCGAAGGAUCCGUACAACUAUUUCCUGCUUCUGCGAGCGCUCUUCCGUUCGAUAGGCGGUGGUUCACAUGAUCUCCUCUACCACGAGUUCCUCCCUCUCCUGCCGACCCUUCUGCAGGGUCUAAAUCAGCUGCAGAGCGGUUUGCAUAAACAGCACAUGAAGGAUCUUUUUGUCGAACUCUGCCUAACGGUCCCUGUUCGGCUGAGCGCUCUGCUCCCCUUCCUCCCCAUGCUCAUGGACCCUCUGGUUUCGGCUUUGAACGGCAGUCAGACCUUGAUCAGUCAAGGUCUCCGUACUCUGGAGCUCUGUGUUGACAACUUGCUCCCUGACUAUCUCUACGAGCACAUCCAGCCGGUGCGAGCGGAAUUGAUGCAAGCGCUGUGGAAAACACUCAGAAACCCUCAAGACAACGUCGCCCAGAUAGCCUUCCGCGUACUCGGCAAGUUCGGAGGAGGCAAUCGGAAAAUGCUCGUCGAGCCACAGAAGCUGAAGUUCAGCGAGUAUCCGCUCGACGGACCGGCGAUCCUCGUUUCGUUCGUCGAUCAUAAGAUGCCGAUCUGGAUGCCGAUGAACCGGCUAGUCGAAGUGGCCUACGAUACGCUGCGGACUUCGAACGACGCUUUCUACAGAGAAAAGAGCUGGGACAUUGUCCGGGGCUAUCUGCUCUCUCAUCUCACACCUCUGGAGACGAACAUUCCGGUCGAAGCGUUCUUCAGGGAUGCCGCCUUCCAACGCGGACCAAUCGCGCCGUACAGCGUUCUCUACAUCUGCCAACAUCAGCUGCACCGAAACACCCACAAAACGGCCGUGAAAGCGAUGUUUUGUGCGGCCAAGAAGAACGAUAACCAAUCGGACGCUUUCGGCUUCAUGUUCCAUCUGGUGAAACACUACACGAUGGUCGCCGUGAGCCAACAGGCAGGACCUCUCAUGGCAGUGCACAAGCAGGCUUUCCAGAGCGGGAAGCUGAACUCGUUCAUGGAUCCCUUGGUCCUCGUCGACGCCAUCGUUGACAUCAUGGGUCUCGAGGACAAGGAUCUCUAUACCAGGGGCGAAUUGGCUGCAUCUGUAAUUAUCGAAACAUCAGUGACGCUGUUGGGCUCUCGUGAGCGAGCCUCAUCGCUUCCGCUGAUCGAGUACCUCAGCGAGCGCGUGUCCUCGCUGUGCUACGAUCGAGCGUGGUACGCCAAAACCGGCGGCAGCCUCGGGGUUCGAUCCCUGAUGGAGCGACUGCCCCUGAUUUGGGCUCUCCAACAUCAGUUGCAACUUGUUAAAGCCCUCUUGUUUGUCAUGAUGGACCUCACCUAUGAAGUGUCGAACGGCGCCGUAGACCACGCCAAGACAGCUCUCGAUAAGCUCUUGGUGCUCUGCGGUAGCCCGCUGCCGGACGGGACGUCCGACGAGCUGAUCGACGCACAGAAGAAAUCCUUCAACGACGUGACGACGGAGCUCGUCCGGCAAAUUACGUCGCCGAAUACCUGCGUUCGUCAGCAGGCCAUGGACAGUCUACGGGUUCUGAGCGACGUGACCGGCAAAAGCAUCACCGAGAUCAUGGAACCUCACAAAGACGCUCUCAAGGAGAUCCUUCCACCGAAGAAACACACGCUCAAACAUCAGCCGGUCAACGUUCAGAUCGGACUAAUGGAAGGCAAUACGUUCUGUACGGCGCUCCAACCGCGGCUGUUCAGUCUGGAUCUGGAACAGCCCGAGCACAGGCUUUUCAUUCAGGAACUGUUGGCCAUCUGUGAUAACGAGGAUCAGACCUUGAUGAAGAAUGCCUGUUACAAGAAUUCGCAGAGUCUACUCGGAGAUCUGAGAAAGGCGGCUUUGAAUUGUCUCGCCACCCUACACUACAUCGACAACGAGCCGCACCGCGAGAAAGUUUUCACCGUUUUGUACAAAGUCCUGAAUUCGGCCAACGGCGAGCUCCAAGAGGCCGCGUUCCAGUGCAUGAAGAAAUUCAUCAGCGGCAACGGAAUCAAGAUCGAGACCGUGCACAAACACAUUCGCGGCCUCCUGAUCCACCUCGCCGAGUUCAGACACGUUAAUCUCAGCAUUCUGCAACGCUUGAGCUAUUUGACGCUUCUCUUCCCUCAUACGUUCAACGACAAGCUGUGUGACCAGCUGCAGCUUCUGCUCCGACGCUGGUUUGAGAUCUGCAUUCAGAAUAAGAGUCAGGGAAAGCCGAUGAACAUCGAACUGAAGCAGUGUAUUGCGAUCAUCGAAAUUUUCCACCAGGUCCCCGCGGCGAAAGAGACCCUGAUCGAGUCGUUGGUUUCGACGAUUCUUUCUCAUGAGAAACUCCUCCUCAUCGAAGCGGCCUCGCCCCUUCACGAACCCUUGGCGAAGUUCUUGCGGAAAUAUCCCGAGAAAACCAUCGAGGUCGUCAUGUCGGACGCCGCGGUUCAAAACCAUCAGUACAUCAGAUACUUCGAAUAUCUGCUGAAGGGGGACAAGGGACAAGAGCUCCGGAAGGUACUGCUCGACAAUCCGCUGGUGAUCGGGAGACUGCUCGCGGUCAGCUUGACACCGACGGGCAAAGCCGCCAUCGCGACCGCGUUCCCGAAUUUCGAUAUGAGCUCGAUCCCGCAGCUGGCGAGCGCCAACGCACGCUACGACUUCGAAUAUCUCGGAGUCCGAGCUAUCGGCCUACUGAUCAAAUUCGAAAAUCAAACGGAUUUCCUGGUGAAGAAUCCCUUGAUCGUGGCCAUGUUGCGCGAGAUCUGGAUUUCAGACGAGUUCCAGACGCGACACACCCAGAGCUGCGUGGAGAUCUCCGACGCCGACCACUGGCGCACCCCGAAGCUCAUCGUCAAGUCGCUGCUGCACUACUGCAAGCAGAAUAUCGACGACGUUGAGCUGCUCUUCCAACUGCUGAGAGCCUUCGUCAAUCGAUUCAUCGCUGACUUCAAGUUUCUGAAGGACUUCAUCGAAAACGUUGUCGUCAUCAAGUACACGGUGCAGUGGAAAAGAGAAGCGUUCUUCAAGUUUGUCGCUCUAUCUGAGCGAGCGGUGAAUUUUCCUCAAGAGCUCAUUGCAAAGGUUCUGCAACACAUCAUCAUCCCUGCGUUCACGGACUCGUUCGAAAAAGGCAACGGACCCGAACUCAUCGGAAGCGAGCCGACUCCCGAUCAGGAUUUGGAUGAGAAUGUCAUCUCCGUUUUUAUCCUGAGAGUCAUCGACAACCCUCGCUUGACGUUGGAUUCGGUCCGGAUCCUGCUCCUCCAGCUGUCCUGUCUCUUCGUCGAUCAGGCGUCGCCGCACAUCCACGACGCGGAGAACAAAAGACAGGGCAUCAAAUUGCGCCGACUGAUGACAUACGCAUGGCCUUGCCUGCUACCGAAAAAUUCCGUCGAUCCCGCUACGAAAUACCACGGGCACCUCCUACUCGCUCACAUCAUCGCGAAAUUCGCUAUCCAUAAGAAGAUCGUGCUCCAGGUAUUCCACAGCCUGCUCAAAGCUCACGCUGUGGAAGCCCGCACCGUUGUGCGACAAGCUCUCGAAAUUCUCACGCCCGCGAUGCCUGCGCGUAUGGAGGACGGAAACCAGAUGCUCACGCACUGGACGAAGAAAAUCAUCAUCGAGGAGGGUCACACCCUGGCGCAGCUGGUGCACAUGCUCCAACUCAUGUGCCGGCAUCACCAUAUCUACUACCCGGUGAGGCAUCAUUUGAUCGCGCACAUAGUGAGCUCCGUGCAACGGCUCGGCUUCACCGCCAACGCGCAGCUCGAGCACAAGAAACUGAGCGUGGAUUUGGCCGAAGUCGUCAUCAAGUGGGAGCUGGAAAGGAUCCGAGAAACGCAGGACGGCGCUACGAGUGACGUGAAACCCAAUGAACAACAGGUCAACCUGAAGCCUCUUGAGAAAACUCAUACGGAUGCGAUUGUGAACUUCCUCAUUCGAAUGGCGUGCCAGGUCGGAGACAACGUUGCCGCCGCAACGGCAAACGCUGCGAAUUCUACAGGUGUUGCGAUGAUGAACGCAGCCAAUCCAGCUAGCGACGCUCUGUCCAAGCGUUGCCAGUUUUUGUUGAAAACGGCGUUCCGGCCCGAGCUCUGGGCGGACGCAGAGCUGAAACUGACUUGGCUCGAGAAACUCCUUGUCACCGUCGAGUCAGUCUCGCAGCCGAACUACCCGAACAUCUGUUCUUCUCUCGAUACGCUGGCUCUCCUUCUUACGAUCCUCCGCAAAGAAUCGAUCCUAGCCGCGUUCAAGCAAGUCCAACGUGGGCUUGCUGCCUGCAUGAACAUCUCGAUCCGAGCGGUCCUGAGUAGUUUGUACACAGUGUUCUCCCGCUUGAUGAAGAUCUUCCCGCCGGAGGCGAAUUCCACGAAGUACGAAGAGUUGGAGUUCCUAUACACACAAAUGUUCAAGGUGGUCACGGAUGGUCUCACGAAUUACGAGAAAGUGAGCAUGGCCAAUCCUUCUCUACUCCACGGACCGCUUAUGGUGCUCAAGGCCGCAUGCUGGAGCAAUCCAUGCUAUAUCGAUCGGCUCAUAACACCCUUCAUGAAAACCUUGUCCAAGCUGCAGCGAGAACACAUCGCCGGAUCCAACGACAUCAAUCCGAAUCCAAUGGGUCUGGAGCUCCUGAUCCUGUGCCUGGACCUCGUCAAAUACAGAGUGGGAGUCAUGGGCCCGGAAAUGCGGAAGACCUAUAUCGGCCAGAUUCUCGUACAACUCAUAGAGAAAACUCCAGAAGCCAAGGUUCUGCGAGCCAUUACGAAAAUGGUAGACGAGUGGAUUCGGAGCAAAAGCCCUUUCGCCGUCAACCAAACUCCAAGCCUACGCGAGAAAUCGAUCCUACUCGUGAAACUCAUGUCGUGGGUGGAGAAGAAAUUCCCCGACGAUCUCGAGCUCCAGGCGCAAUUCCUGGAGCUUAUACAUUUUGUGUUCUGCGAUCCGACGCUAAAGAACUCGGAACUCUCCUCGAAACUCGAACCAGCUUUCAUGGCGGGCCUUCGAUGCGUGCAACCUCACAUCCGGGCGAAAUUCUUCGAAAUCUACGACCAGUCGAUAAAGAAAAGACUCUACGAUCGUCUCGUGUACAUAACCUGUUUCCAGAACUGGGAGACGAUGGGAGCCCAUUUCUGGAUAAAGCAAUGCAUCGAGUUGGUUCUCGUCACUGCCGUCAUGGAGAAUACACUCGAGCCCGCGCCCGGAGGUCCUCUGAUCCCCGCGUUCACAACGAUCGCGACCCAAGCCGACCAGAACAUGCGUACGCCGUUCACGUUCACGAAAUACGAACCAAUGGACACCAGCGAGUCUAUGCCCGAGGACGUACUCGAGUUCAAUUUGAACGAUCUGAAGCUUUCGGACAACGCCCCGACGGCGGCAAAUAUCUCGAAAAAUUUCCACGUCCUCAACAAUACGGUGCGCGUCAUGAACGAGAACCGUAAGAGAUUCAAAAUCGAGUACGCGCUCUCUGCCAUCAUCCAGCUCUGCCACCACGACACUACACUGGCUCAGCAUCUCUGGGUCCAGAUGUUCCCGAAGAUCUGGAAAAUCCUCGGCGAGAAGCAACAGACCUCGUUAGGUGUCGAUUUGGCGGCGUUCGUUUGCUCGGGCAUCCAUCAAACGCAGAAAGACUGCCACCCGAACGCGAUCGGAACUUUCUGUGAGGCCUUCUCGCACUGUUCCAACGUUCAGCUCAAGCCCACAGUUGUCAAGUACACCGGGAAAUCGCACAACAUGUGGUAUUGGUCUACCCUGCAGCUCGAGCACGUCGUGGCGACAGCGGACAAAACGCCAAAGCGUGCGACGAGCACCGCCGUCGCUGCACAACAGCAGCAGCAGCAACCAUCCCAACUGCAGCAAGCCUCCCAGCAACAGCAACAACUGACUCAAUCUCAGCAGCAGCCUCAACCAAUGGACUGUUCUGAGCCGGAUCAGCAGAUUGUCGCGACCCCUCCACAACUCACGCUCCAUCAAGAGGCGCUAGACUGUCUCUCGGAGAUGUACAGUCUCUUACGCGAAGAUGAUCUCUUCGCCGGUUUGUGGCAGAAGAGAGCCACGUUCUCCGAUACGAUCACAGGCGUGACGUACGAGCAGCACGGCAUGUUCGAGCAAGCUCAGGCAGCCUACGAAUCGGCGAUGUCCAAAGCCAAAAUUGAAUACGCACAGAAUCCCGCGCCGGCCUCGGUUCAGAGCGAGUUUCGACUCUGGGAGGAACAUUGGAUCCGCUGCACGAAGGAACUAAAUCAAUGGGAAGUGCUCCUCGAAUACGGCGGCAACAAAACGGUGCAGAACAUGCACCUCGUUCUGGAAGCUGCGUGGAGAAUCCCCAACUGGUCGUUGAUGAAAGAGGCUCUCGGCCAAGUGGAGCAUAACUCGCCGAGAGAGUACCUCUGGAAACUCAAUCUGUACAGAGGAUACGUAGCCAUCUGCGAUUCCAGCUUCAAGCCCGAAAAUCAGUCGGGGACGGUGGAAAGACUGGUCGAAACGGUGGCGUCGUGCUGCAUCCGUGAGUGGAGGAGACUCCCACAAAUUGUUUCAAACACCCAUAUACCGAUGCUGCAAGCUUCGCAGCAGAUUGUCGAACUUCAGGAAGCUGCUCAAAUUCAUACAAGCCUCACGCCGACGACAACGUCCACGGUCGGACCAGGAAGCAAAAACAUCAUCUGUGAUAUGCGAGCGAUUGUAAAAACGUGGAGGAAGCGCUUGCCGGUUCUGAGUGAUGAUCUUUCGCACUGGAACGACAUAUUCACUUGGAGACAACGCCAUUAUCAAGCUAUAGCCGAUCACUUCCACAACCCUAGCAACCCGCCUCCUGCGGACAGCGCCCAGGCCAACAGCAGUAUGAUCGGUGUGCACGCGUCGGCUUCGACAAUAAUCCAUUUCGGGAAAAUCGCUCGAAAACACGGACUCAGUACUGUCUGUCUGGACUCGUUGAACAAAAUCCACACUAUUCCUUCGGUGCCCAUCGUAGAUUGCUUCCAGAAGAUCCUCCAGCAAGUCAAAUGCUACCUGAUCAUGAGCGCGCGCUCAGGAAGCCAGACCGAGGCCCAGGAAGGCCUCGAAGUCAUAGAGAGCACAAACUUGAAGUAUUUCAGCAAAGAGAUGAUCGCGGAGUUCUGCGCGCUCAAAGGAAUGUUCCUAUCUCAGCUGGGUCGCUCGAACGACGCCAACAAAGCUUUUUCUGCUGCCGUGCAGCUGCAAGACACGCUAAACAAAGGCUGGGCUCUAUGGGGUGAAUACCUGGAAACGAUGUUCACCAAAGAACCAUUCGCCGAUCGCAAUAUGCAAGUGGGAGAAUACGCGGUGACAUGCUACCUGCACGCAGCUCGCACUUCGAAUGAAGCUAAGACCCGGAAACACCUCGCUAAGUUGAUCUGGCUACUGACGUACGAUAACGAAAAGUUCCAGUUGAGUGAAUGCGUAGAUGAAUACUUUAGCGGGGUGCUACCGCAACUAUGGCUUCCUUGGGUGCCCCAACUCUUGACGUGCCUCGUACGUCAAGAGGGGAAACAACUCCUCAAUCUGCUUACGACCGUUGGUCGAGUCUGUCCCCAAGCCGUGUAUUUCCCCAUCCGAACGCUGUACCUUACUCUAAAAGUCGAGCAACGCGAACGCUUCAAGAGUACCGAAGCGGACAAGGCGAAGCAAGCCAGCGCGGCGAACGCCAACCUGAACGCCUCCACGAACAACAGCAACGAAAACACCGGAGGUCACGCGCAAGGCAGCAACGGUCAAACGCAAUCCGCGAACCAGCUCCGAGCCACGCCUUCGAUGUGGAGAUGCUCAAAGAUCAUGCAUAUUCAACGGGACGUCCACCCGACCGUCCUGUCGAGCCUCGAAGGCAUCGUGGACCAACUCGUCUGGUUCCGCGAAAACUGGUAUGAAGAAGUCCUCCGUCAGCUCAAGCAGGCGCUGACCAAGUGCUACGCCGUUGCUUUCGAGAACCGGCUGCAGGUCAGCGACGCUACGGUCACGCCGCAUACGUUGAAUUUCGUGAAGAAGCUCGUCUCGACAUUCGGCGUCGGCAUCGAGAACGUGGUCAGCGGCGGGGUCGCGGCCACGUACUCCACGACCGCGAGCGAGAGCCUCGCCAAGAGAGCGCAGGCCACGGCUCAAGAUCCAGUUUUUCAGCGGAUGAAAGUUCAGUUCACGGCAGACUUCGACUUCUCGACCGCGAACGCCAUGAAAUUGCAUAAUCUCAUCGGCAAAUUGAAGAAAUGGAUCAAAAUUCUCGAGAACAAAACGAAACUCCUGCCGAAGACCUCGCUCAUCGAAGAAAAGUGUCGAUUCAUGUCCAACUUCUGCCACGCCACCGCGGAGGUCGCCCUGCCCGGCGAGUUUCUGCUGCCGAGAGGGAAUCAUUUCGUGAAAAUCUCAAGAUUCAUGCCGCGAGUCGACGUUGUCCACAAACAUAACACCGCCGCUCGCCGUCUCUAUAUUCUCGGUCAGAACGGAAAAGUCUAUCCGUAUCUCGUCGUGAACGACGCCUGUCUCAGCGACGCUCGACGUGAGGAACGUGUGCUGCAGCUUUUGCGAAUGCUAAACCACUUGCUAGGGAAACAGAAGGAAACUGCGCGACGCGGUCUGAAUUUCACGGUACCGAAAGUCGUCGCCGUCAGUCCUCAGAUGCGACUCGUCGAGGACAAUCCCUGUUCGUUAUCGUUGCUCGACAUCUAUAAACAGAAGUGUCAGGCUAGGAGCACCGAGUACGACACACCCAUAGCGAAGUACUACGAAAAGUUGGCGUCCGUUCAGGGACGAGGAAGUCCCUCGAGCCAUCAGGUUCUCAAAGACAUCCUCCGAGAUAUACAACAGACCCAAGUGCCCAAGACGCUCCUCAAGGAGUGGGCCGAAAGCACCUACGUAGACCCCACAGAUUUCUGGACUUUCCGGAAGCAGUUCUCAAUCCAGUUGGCUUUGUGUGGAUUCAUCGAGUUCGUCCUGCACUUGACAAGACUGUCACCGGACAUGAUUUACAUUCAUCAGGAUAGCGGCUUCAUCAACGCUGCCUAUUACAAGUUUGAUGUGAGCGAUUCGUCCGGUGAGCUCGACCAGAGCCGUCCGGUUCCGUUCCGUCUCACGCCGAAUAUCGCCGAACUCGUCACUCCGAUAGGGAUUCAAGGUCCCAUGUGUGCGUCGAUGAUUGCUGUGGCUCGAUGCUUCACUCAGACGGCUUUCACGGCCCUUCUGAAACCAAUUCUGAGGGACGAGAUGAUCACCUGGCACAAGAAGAAUCACGAGGAUCACGGCUCCGCUUCCGAAGCCCCACCCGACAUGGAGGGUGAGAAGCUCGUUCUGGCGGUUAAUAAAGCGGUUCUGGCGAUAACCGCAAGGUUGAAUCGUAAGUAUCCCCCGGGAGAACCGAACAAAGUUCAGUCUCUGCUAGCUGCUGCGGCCAAUGCGGAGAAUCUCUGCCGAAUGGAUCCCGCUUGGCAUCCGUGGCUGUGAAGUCGGUCCGGAGAUAUUCAAUCAGCUUACGCUCGUUCUUCAACGACACGAUAAGCCUCAUUUCGACUUCCUGCUCAUCAUCAUUAUCAUCUCUUGUGUAUUUCAUAAAGAUAUCCAUGGAAGACGUGUGAUCGAAAGCAAUGCAACGAGUUCACAUUUGGUGGAUAGGACUCGUGUGUUUCGUCGUCAUCUUUCGAAGGUCUGAUGCAGACUCCGAAAAUCUCUGCGAAGAGAUACAUCUUGAGCACGACGUAUCGUUCCUGUAUAGUCUCUUAUCCA